UUACACGUGGCGUUUAUAUAUUGGUCCUUUACGGGGGUACGUUAGUCAUUCACUUGUCCAUUCUCUCCUAUAAAAUGAAGAGCUAGAGCCCUAAUUUGUUCACGCAAGACGAUCUGCAGAAUUCAAUUGAAGCUCUUCGAAAUCUCUCGCUCAAGAUGCAGAUCUUUGUGAAAACUCUCACUGGAAAGACCAUCACCCUGGAGGUGGAAAGUUCUGACACCAUCGACAAUGUUAAGGCAAAAAUCCAAGACAAGGAGGGGAUCCCACCUGAUCAGCAGAGGCUUAUCUUUGCCGGUAAGCAACUUGAGGAUGGCCGCACUCUCGCAGACUACAACAUACAGAAGGAAUCGACCCUCCACUUGGUUCUUAGAUUGAGGGGUGGAAUGCAAAUCUUUGUUAAGACCCUUACUGGAAAGACAAUCACCUUGGAGGUGGAGAGUUCCGACACCAUUGACAAUGUCAAGGCCAAAAUCCAGGACAAGGAGGGCAUUCCCCCAGACCAGCAGAGGCUGAUCUUUGCUGGCAAGCAGCUUGAAGACGGUAGGACCUUGGCUGACUACAACAUACAGAAAGAGUCUACCCUCCACUUGGUGCUUCGUCUUCGUGGUGGGAUGCAGAUAUUUGUGAAGACGCUCACAGGGAAGACCAUCACAUUGGAGGUCGAAAGUUCUGAUACCAUCGAUAAUGUGAAGGCCAAGAUCCAAGAUAAGGAAGGCAUUCCACCGGAUCAACAGAGGCUUAUCUUUGCUGGAAAGCAGCUAGAGGAUGGCCGCACGCUUGCUGAUUACAACAUCCAGAAGGAGUCCACCCUUCACUUGGUGCUCCGCCUACGUGGUGGCAUGCAAAUUUUCGUGAAAACACUCACAGGGAAGACCAUUACCUUGGAGGUUGAGAGCUCAGACACUAUUGACAAUGUGAAGGCCAAGAUCCAAGAUAAGGAGGGGAUCCCACCCGACCAGCAGAGGUUGAUUUUUGCUGGGAAGCAGUUGGAGGAUGGUCGUACUCUUGCCGACUAUAACAUUCAGAAAGAGUCAACUCUUCACUUGGUGCUGCGUCUUCGUGGUGGAAUGCAAAUUUUUGUGAAGACACUUACUGGGAAAACCAUCACUCUUGAGGUUGAGAGCUCUGAUACAAUUGACAAUGUGAAGGCCAAGAUCCAGGACAAGGAAGGGAUUCCCCCAGACCAGCAGAGGCUGAUAUUUGCUGGGAAGCAGCUGGAGGAUGGGCGCACUCUUGCAGAUUACAACAUCCAGAAGGAAUCUACCCUGCAUCUUGUCCUUCGUCUCCGUGGUGGUUUUUAAGAUGAUGGGAUUAGGUAUUUGGCCUGGUGCUUUACGGUGUGUCUUGCGUCGCCAUUGCUUGUUUAAUGGCUUUUAAUAAGUUGUUGCCUUGAACUUUUUCAAUGGGUCUUUGGUUUAAGAUUCCGACGCUUUUAUUUGGUCUGGUUGUUGGUACUUUUUACGUUGAAAUGGCUGUUUUAAGGUCAUUCUACUACUUAGUGGUCAUAAUAAAGUCUGUUUUCCCUAUAUAUAU